UCGUCAACUCUGUCGGAUCAGGCUCUGUUUUCAGUCACUUCGUGGACCGCCGGCGAUGAUUCAACUACUGAUGCCACUGCUGCUUCUUCUUGGCCAGCUCUCAGCGGCCUUGACGACGGUGGACCAGCUCACCGUCUGUCCGCCCAGCGUGGGCUGCCUGAAGGGCAUCCAUCUCGGGGGUUAUCAGUCGGAGAGGUUCGAGGCCUUCAUGGGAAUUCCCUAUGCCCUGCCGCCCGUCGGAGAUCUGAGAUUCAGUAACCCCAAGGUUAUGCCCAAGUUACUGGGGGUUUACGACGCUACUGAACCCAAGAUGGACUGCAUCCAGAAGAACUACCUACUGCCCACUCCAGUAAUCUACGGUGAAGAGGAUUGUCUGUACUUGAAUGUCUACAGACCGGAGAACCGAAAAUCCCUAUUACCCGUAAUGGUCUACAUCCAUGGCGGAGGAUUCUUUGGUGGCUCUGCGGGACCGGGAUUUACAGGGCCUGAAUACUUUAUGGACUCGGGCGAGGUGAUUCUGGUGACCAUGGCCUAUAGACUAGGACCCUUUGGAUUCCUAUCCACUGAGGAUGCUGUAAUGCCGGGUAACUUUGGCCUGAAGGAUCAGAACUUGGCGCUGCGUUGGGUGCAACGUAAUAUUCGCUCCUUUGGCGGUGACCCGCAAAGGGUGACCCUUUUUGGCCAGAGUGCCGGCGGAGUGGCUGCCCACAUGCAUCUACUAAGUCCAAGAUCCCAGGGACUCUUCAAUCGCGUGAUCAGCAUGAGCGGCACAGCAAAUGUGCCCUUUGCCAUUGCCGAUGAGCCCCUGGAGCAGACUCGUCUCCUGGCGGAGUUUUCCCUAAUUCCAGAUGCCCGAAAUUUGAGCACAGUGAAGUUAACAAAAGCUUUGAGACGCUUGGAUGCCAGAAAACUCUUGGAUGCUGGGGAUAACCUUAAAUUUUGGGAUGUGGAUCACAUGACCAAUUUCCGACCUGUUGUGGAAAAAGGUUUGGAGUCGGAGGCCUUUUUGAGUGAGCAUCCCAAGGAUAUCCUGGCUCGAGGGGAGCGACCUUCCAUCCCUUUCCUUUUGGGCACUGUUCCUGGCGAGGGUGCCGUGCGUGUGGUCAAUAUCCUGGGCAACGAGACGCUCCGAAAGAGCUUCAACUCAAGAUUUGAUGAGCUGCUGCAGGAGCUGAUGGAGUUCCCGCCCAACUUCAGCCAGGAUUGGCUCAACAAGAGCAUGAAACUCCUGGUGAGGGAGUAUUUCAAGGGACAGCAUGAAGUCAACGAGGAGACGGUUCAAGGAUUCAUGGAUUUAAUAUCAGAUAGAGGUUUCAAGCAGCCCCUGUACAACACAAUUCGAAAGGAUGUCUGUCAUACUCCGCAUCCUGUUUACUUAUACAGCUUUAACUAUCGGGGACCUCUGAGCUAUGCCACUGCUUACACUUCCGCCAAUGUGACUGGAAAAUAUGGAGUGGUUCACUGCGAUGAUCUUCUCUAUCUGUUCCGUAGUCCCCUACUUUUUCCCGACUUUGAGCGGAACUCCACGGAGGCGAAGGUGAUCCGUUCUUUUGUGGAUUAUUUCGUACAUUUUGCCAAGUUUGGAAAACCAAGGAAUGCCGAGUCACUGACCCCCUGUUCCAUUGAGGUGCUACAGUCACGUCCCAAUGGCAUUUGCGAUUACCAGGAAUUCGCCAAUGCGCCAGAUUCCUCCAAAGGUUUUCAGGUUAACGUGGCCAGCGAAUUCCAAACGAAUAGAGUCAAGCUCUGGUCCCAUAUACUCAAUGAAAAAUCGAAUGAAUCUUAAGCUUAAUCCAUUGAUAAUAUAAUGUACAUAUAUACAAAUGUUUGAUACUUAAAUUCGUAGAAUAUAACAUCAAACUAAGCUGUUGUAAGAAAUUAAACUACUACCAAAGUAUAAGAUCAAAA